GCUUUCCUCUAAGAUGGCCGCACCCAUGGCGCUGCAGCCUAACGUCUCAGACGUAAAGUGCACAACGGGCGCCGCCAUCUUUCUUCGUUCCCCAAGCUGGCUGAACGCGCCAUGCUGGCCUUGAAUAGGCACCGGCCUCUGAAAUCUUACGCAGUUAGCACAGCAUUGUUGUCCGUUCCUCGCAACGACGAGGUAGAAGCAUUGAGGUGGCCGGGAAUGAUUUGGAUUUCUCCCCACAGCCGUUAUGGCCCCUCCCGUCAGAAACGUCGAAGUAGGCGUGGCCAUGUUACGUCAUAGAGCGGGGCGGCAGCCGGAACUCGGAAAUCCGGCAGCGCGCCAGGGUCCUCGGCGGACUGUUGGGUCCCAGCCGGUCAGCGUCUUCAGGGAUCGCGAAGCAGGGCGUCCGAGUAGGAAGUGGUUGCGGACGUGGGCUCAGCCUUUAGUCGCUGCCACGGAUGUGUAGACAGCUUCGGGAUCUGCCCACAGGUCCUGGCUCCCCAGGAGCAAGAGAGACCAAGUGAAGGAAUGAGAGAAGAAAGAGGAGAUUCUUGGACUUGGAUAUCUUCAUUUCUGGGGACAACUUUAACUGGACACCAAGAUUUCUGCCUAUAAGAACCUCAUGACAGAUGCAGGAGAGACAAAAGACUUAGAAUCCAUGUCACUCACUAUUUCCAGAGCACAGAGGAAAAUGAUUGAGGCCCAGGAAUUGGUGACAUUGGAGGAUGUGGCUGUGAAGUUCAGUUGGGAGGAGUGGCAGCUCCUGGACCCUGCUCAAAAAGACCUGUACCGAGACGUGAUGUUGGAGAACUAUCACAAUCUGGUGUCGCUGGGGUAUCAAGCUACCAAACCAGAUGUGCUCUUCAAGUUGGAACACAGAGAUGAACUGUGGAGAAUAGAGGAGGAAAUCCAGACUAAAACCUGUCCAGGAAUUGGGAAAGUUGACAGGCAUCUGCAAGAGCACUUUCAAAACCAAAGAUAUCUGAAGAGCGUGCCACAAUGCAGUGAACAGAAUGCAUUUAGAAAUAUUGUUCAUCUGAGCAAAACACAUUUUGCCCUAAUGCAAAGUCGUAUGUUUGACUUAUGUAGAAAAGCUUUGAAGUCAAGUCUAAGUUUAGUUGACCAGAAGAGAAGAUAUGAAAUAAAGAACCUUAUUGCAUUUAAUAGAGAUGAGAAAUCCUUUCUACAUGAAAAUCAUGAACAGUUGUGUCCUGGAAUUAAAUUCCCUGAAAGUGCAAAACAAGCCAGCACUAAAUUCCUCAUCUUUAAGCAUCACGGGAUUCACAAAAUAGAGAAACCCCAGGCAGGCAUUGAAGGUGAGAAAACCUGCAUGAGGAAGUCUCAGCUCAAUGACAGUGAGAGCCUUCCUACAGGUGAGAAACCCCAAGGAUGUGAUCCGUGUGGGAAAUCUUCCUCCAGAAAUGCCACAUUCACGAAACAUCAGAAAACUCAUACAAGAGACAAACCGUCUGCAACCAAUGAAUGCUUAAAGGGCUCCACUGGGAAAAGCAGUCUCAUGGUACAUCAGCAAAUCCAUACAGGAGAGAAAUCCUAUAUAUGCAGUGAGUGUGGAAAAGGCUUUACAAUGAAGCGCUAUCUAAUUGCACAUCAGCGAACUCAUAGUGGCGAGAAACCUUAUGUAUGCAAUGAAUGUGGAAAAGGCUUCACUGUGAAGAGCAAUCUCAUUGUGCAUCAGCGAACUCAUACAGGGGAGAAACCCUAUACAUGCAGUGAGUGUGGAAAAGGCUUUACCAUGAAGCGCUAUCUUGUUGUACAUCAGCGAACUCACACUGGAGAGAAACCCUAUAUAUGUGAUGAAUGUGGAAAGGGCUUCACGGUGAAAAGUAAUCUCAUUGUCCAUCAGCGAUCUCAUACAGGGGAAAAAUCUUACAUAUGCAGUGAAUGUGGCAAAGGCUUCACUGUGAAGCGCACUCUCAUUAUACAUCAGCGAACCCAUACAGGAGAGAAAUCUUACAUAUGUAAUGAAUGUGGCAAAGGCUUCACCACCAAGCGCACUCUCAUUAUACAUCAGCGAACCCAUACAGGAGAGAAGCCCUAUGAAUGCAAUGAAUGUGGGAAAGCCUUCAGCCAGAAGAUAUGCCUCAUACAACACGAGAGGUGUCAUACAGGAAAGACGCCCUUUGUAUGUACUGAGUGUGGAAAGUCCUAUUCGCACAAAUAUGGUCUCAUUACCCAUCAGAGAAUUCACACAGGAGAGAAACCCUAUGAGUGCAGUGACUGUGGGAAAGCCUUCACUACAAAGUCAGUACUCAAUGUACAUCAAAGAACUCAUACAGGGGAGAGACCCUAUGGGUGCAGUGAUUGUGAGAAAACCUUCUCCCACUUGUCAAACCUUGUUAAACAUAAAAAAAUGCACAUAAGAGAAAUGGUAGACUCAGUCAAGUUGGAAAUUCCUUUAAGAGAGAACCAGAGUUCAUUACUUAUGAGGGAAGUCACACAGAACAAAAACCCUGUUAAUGCAGUAACCAUGGAAAUGCCUUCCGUGGCAUCUAAGACUUCAUUAACAUCUGUCUUUCAGGCGGAUCGGGAUAUAGCCGUGGUACUGCCUGUUGUGGGAUGUGUGCCCUGAGGAGAUUAAAGGGUUUGCCCUGGAGAUAAACGUGGUGAAUACAGUGAAUAUGGUAGUGCCUUUAGUGAUCCUUACCUCACAUUUUCUGUCAGUGAAAACAUGUUGGAAAAACUUUGAUACAUUCAAGGUUGAGAUGCCUUGAGCAAAACUUUUAACUUCGUUCUAUGUCUGAAAAGUAUAUACUGAGACAAAUUCUGUGAAUGCAGAGACUAGGAAAGCCUUCUGUGGAGAGACAUUGUUAUCAGGGAUCAUCAUAGAUCAUCAGUGAGCUCAUCAUUGAUAGAAAUAUGAUUAAGAAUAUAUAUAUAUAUGAUGACCAUGGGAAAACCAUACCCAGAAAGAAGACCUCAGUGAGUGUCGAGAGUUUACACUGGAGAAAAAUUUUAAGAGGACAACAUGUAUGGCAAGAUUUCAGUGAUCCAUUCUUCCUCCUCAUUUGUGAGGAAACCAUAUAGAAGUUAAAACUUGAUGAACAUGCUAACUGUGGAGCACCUUUAGUCAGGUAUCAGAGAACUCAUGAAGUCCUGUGAAAAUGAUAAAUGUUUGAGUGCUUGUUAGAAGUCUAACCUCAUACAUCAGAUAAUUCACCUGAUGUCAUGUUCAGACAGUACUUUGAACCUCCUUUCUAGUUGCCUUGUCAAUUCCAUUGUUUUCAAAAGUAGUCUGCUUUCCUCAUCACUGACUCCUUGUGAUUGCUGAACACCAUCAAGGAGUGUUUGUUCUCUGGAGAGUUCUAUGCCUACCUCCAUAAUGUGUGAUUAGCUCUUUCUUUGGCUCUGAAUUUGCUUGUAUAUUUAGCAUACUGAACGACUUUAAAAGGAAACUGAAGAUGAAGACGUAUUUGCACUUGCUUAACUAAGUUUAUAAAUACAACCAAAUACUUUACAGAACCACCUUCAAUGUUAUUUUUAUAAAAUGUAUAAUUGGAUGUCAUUUUACCUUAUGAGAAAAUGCAAACGCCGUCCAGAGACUUCCUUAGUGUCCUUUCCCUAGCUUCUCUCAGUAAAAACGUUUUAUGUAACCAUAUUUUAUUAUCAAAUUCAGGAAAAUGACGUUGGUAUUAGACUGUGAACUAAACAACUCAUCUUAUUUGGAUUUCACAUGAAAUUUUUUUUUUUUUUAGUUUGUAAUUCUAAGAAGCUUUAUCAUGUAUACAGAUUCAUGUCACCACCACCACAAACAGGAUGUAAGACUGUUUAACACAAACUUGCUCCUGCUGUCCUUUUUAUGUUCACACACUCUAUCCACACCUACCCCUUGUGACCACUUAUCUGCUUCCCCCCAUAUAUUUUUGUCAUUUCAUGAAUGUUAUAAAAAUCCUUUUUAUAACUGGAUUUUAUACAUUUUAUAUAAGUUGUAUUUAUACAAAUUUAUAAUUUCUUAUUAAUAGGGAGCAUGUAAGCUUUUCAUGUUUUUGUCACUUGGCAAAUUGCUCUUGAGACAUUUGUGUUGGUGAAGAGUAGUUUUAUUUUUAUUAGUGAGUAGCAUACAUACUGGGUGUCCCAGUUUGUUUACCCCUUCAGUCUUGAAAGAGACUUGUAUUGUUACCUGGUUUCAACUGUUAGAAAUAAAGAUGCGCUGAAAUCUGCAUACAGA